GGUCACUCAGUGGCCACUCAGUGGUCACUCAGGGGUCACUCACUGGUCACUCACUGGUCACUCACCGGUCACUCCCCAGGUCACAACGCCGAUGACGUGGCCGAGACGGUUCUGAUGAAUUUCCUGCGGGGGGACGUGGCCCGACUGCGGCGCGCGGCCAACGAGCCCCAAAACAGCCCCGGGAAUGCCCCGCCGGCGUCGGUCCCGCGGCUGAAGCCGCUGCGGCACGCGGCGCAGAAGGAGAUCGUUCUCUACGCGCAUUUCCGGGGCCUGGCCUACGCCAGCGCCGAGUGCCGCCACGCCCCGCUGGCCUUCCGCGCCCACCCGCGAGCCCUGCUCAAGGACCUGGAGGCCACCAGACCCGCCGCGGUGGCCGCGCUGGCCCACUCGGGGCGCCGGCUGGCCCUGGGGGCGGCGCCGGGCCACGGGGAGGCGCCGGGGGCUUGCGGGAGCUGCGGGGCGGUGGCCAGCGGGGAGCGCUGCAUGGCCUGCGCGCUGCUGGAGGGGCUGGACAGGGGCAGGCCCAGGGUGGCCGUGGGCCAGCAAAGGGCCGGGGGAGUGGUGGCCACCAGGAUGGAGUCAGUGGCCACCUAG